GACGAAGUUCGGAAGCCGAGUACAAUCUCAUUAAAAUUAUCAAUUUCCGCUGAAAAAGCAUACGAGAACAAGGCAUUUAAUUGAUGCAAUUUCAGGACAAAUUACAGACAGAUUGCGUCUUAUAAUGAAGUUAUUACGUAGAAAAUAAUAGUUGGUAAGAUGCAGGUUAACAAUGAAUACCUGCAGUGCCUUGGGAUAGGGCUGCAGGGAUUACGAGCCUCUGGACAGUUCUGUGAUGCCAUGGUCUGUGUUGGAAGCACAAGAAUCUUGGUUCAUAAGGUAGUCCUAAGUGCUGCAAGUAAAACCCUCCAUGAUCUAGCUCUGGAGUUUGACAUGACACCCCAUCGAGAAAGAGAUCAACUAGAGAUAAUUAUUCCACCAGAUGUCAGUCUAUAUGCUGUCAACAUGUUCAUUAAUUUCCUUUAUACAGGUCAGUUGGAAUUGAACUGCCGUGUUGUCGGCCAUAUUGAAAGAUUGGCAAGUUUGUUUGGAGUUACACAGCUGCUUAUUCAGUGUCAGGAAUACAUUCAGAAAAAUGCCCCACCAGAUAGUCAAAACCUGAAUCUCAGACCAGAGAAUCAAAUUGAACCAGAUUCUAGCAUAAAUGGAAUUCAUACUGCAGUAGGACGAGAUGAGCGCUUGAUUAAUACACCUGAUGACAACAGUCAGGAUUCUAAUCUUAGCAGAAGUAACUCUGUGUGUUCAGCAGUCAGUGGUGACCUAAGCAAUUGCUCUAUUGGAGUUGUUGUCAAGACGGAACCAUUACACCUUGCAUCAUAUGAAAAAGCUCAAAGCAGACAUUCCUCUUUGGGAACUCGAACAAGCAGUCGAUCCAGCUUUAGCAGUGUGUCCCUUCCAGAAAAUCUAAAAGAUGGUACCCAGUCGGGACAAAAUGAAACUUCCAUGAGUAUGUUAGAAAAGUUGAUGAGCCCAAUUGUAAAUCUCACUAAACUACCAUCAAACAUUACACCAGAAACUGUUGUUAUGGUUAGUGAUGAUGAAAAUGAAGAUGCUAUAAAUAAUGAUAGAUCUGUACACAAAAGUCCUGCUCAUUAUAGCUUAGAAGAGAAAGAAGCAAUUGCUAUAGAAGCAAAGAGAUAUGGUACAACACAAGUUGCAAACAAUAGAAACAUUCCAUUACCUGAUAUUCUCAGUUGGAUGACACUGUUUGGUUUACGACAUCCUGGUAGCCAGAGGCUUGGAAAACAUGGAAAACAGGUUAACCACGAUGCUGAUCUAUCACUUGUUCGUUGGAUUGUUCAACAACAGGAGAUGAAUGGAUGUGUUGAUUUAAAUAGUAUGAAACAAUAUGCUCUCACUGUACACCAACAAACUAAUCCAAAGUUUUGUGCUUCUAAAACAUGGCUUGGAAACUUUUUACAAAGGAACAUGUCUGUGCUCCAAGGCACAAAGUUUGUCCAGGGAGAUAAAGGUGAUGAAUUGGACAUUUAUGGAAAUUCCAAAAUAGCGGGAAUUACAGUGAAACAGGAAGUGUUUGAUGGUGAAAGCAAAGGAAGUCAUUCUGGUGAAACUGUUCUUGAGACAUUAGGGGAACAUACUGUUUUAGAGGAUGUUCCACUAAAUGAACAACUAUUCUUGAAUCAAGCUGUUGAAGCCGGUUUCAGCGCAGUUGAUGAUAAUGAAGAUGACAAUAUUGAAGAUGAUAGCUUUUGUAAUGAAGAGAGUCUUCAUGAUUACACAAGUGUGAGUUUUGAUAAAACACCAGAAAACAACAGUCCAAAUUUAGAAAUGAUAAAGACCCCAUUUGGUAAGAGACCAAUUAUUAUUGGGCAGUCUAAAGCUUUUGAUGCCAAAUCUGAAAGAAAGAUUGUUCAGUGGGUUUUAGAAAGGCAAGCUAGAGAUGGAUAUGUGUUCACAGAUGAUUUUAAAAACUAUGCUAGGUCUCUUUAUAUUGGUUCCAAGGUGUUUGGUGCUACUCAAGCAUGGAUGAAAAAAUUCUUACGGAGAAAUCGAGCUUUGAAAAAUGUAAAAUUUUGUUCUAAGUUUAAAAAUGUGUAUUCUACAGAAGACAAAGUAAACUGUGUAGCUAUGGCUAAGAAAUAUGGGGUUUCAUAUGCAGCAAAGCAUACAGGAAUAAACCAGAAAGUAAUUCAUUGUUGGAAGCUGGCUUUUGAUAAAGGGAUGUUGAAUGUUGAUCAAUCAGCAUUAAUGAAAAUAGAAGCACUGUGUUCAAGUUUUCCUUCCCAAGCAUUAUCUCAAAGCAGUGAAACUGCUUCUACCUCAGGUACAAAUUUAGGUAGUUAUAGCCCUGCAGACCAAGCAGCUCGCGGCAUUGUACCAGCAUUUGAACAGAAGAUAGUGCAAGAAAUAAAGGAAUUUCAGCAACGUGAGGGAAGUAUUAAUUAUAAUGACAUCAGCAAAAUCAGCCAAAUGAAUUACAAGGAAACCAGACCAAACUUCAAAGCCAGUUAUAACUGGGUUAAAUCAUUUUUAGACAGACACAAAGAAUCUCUAGCAGAUAUAGAGCUUGAAAAUGUUAGUAAAGUGUUUAUUGAAAAUGAUUCUUCAGCAGAACUGAAUGAAAAGGAAGUUGAUCAGUUGAAUAAUCCAAAAAUUACUGAAAUGGUAGACCAAGCCCUUUUGGCUAUUGGAGAUCAAAGAAAUUGUGACCAGGGAUUAGGAUUACAGUCCACGAAAGAGAAACGGCCUGUUAUUGUAGGACCUUCUGUGAUGUUUGAUAGAAAAUCAGAAAAGAAAUUAGUAGAUUGGGCACUUGAAAAACAGAAGGCUGACGGUUAUGUGUUUACUGAUGAUUUCAAACUUUUUGCUAAAUCAGUGCAUACUGGACCAAAGCAUUUCUCUGCUUCUUCUGGAUGGAUGACCCUCUUUCUUCGUAGGCAUCGUGUCCUGUCUGGAGUUAAUUGGCGCUCCAAGUACAAAAACAAUUACACAGAGGAAGAGAAAAGUGCUGCAGUUGCUGCUGCUAAGCGUUUAGGCACAGGGCAUGUGGGAAGGCAAUUGGGGAUUGAACCAAAGCUGAUAUCAGCAUGGAGGUUCAAAAUGGAGAAAAAUGCACCAAAACAAACUUUCUGGAAAGGAACAAAGAUAAAGAAAUUUGGAAAAGGUCUGAAACCAAAAUUUACACAAAUGAAACACACUGCAGCAAGUCUUGUUGGAUCUGAUGCCUCUAGAGGUAUUGUUCCAGAAUUUGAACAGAAGAUAGUGGAUUUAAUUUUAGAGGAACAUCAGAAAGAAGGGAGUAUAUCUUAUGAGGAAAUGAGCAGAAUUGCACAAUCUGUUUAUAAAGAAACUAGACCCACCUUCAAGGCAUCUUAUGCUUGGAUAAGAAACUUCAUGAAACGCAAUGAGCAAAGUUUACCUGAUCUUAACAUUGACAAUGUGAAAAAAGUUUUCCUUCCUGAUGAUGAUGAAAUGGGUGGUGCCAAUGAAAAUGCUUUUGGAAUGACAUCAAAUGAGACUAAUGAUUUUAAACUUCAAAAGAUUUUCCAUAGAAGACCAAUUAUUGUAGGACAGUCCAGAUCUCUUGAUACCAAGACUGAAAGAAAACUUGUGCAAUGGACAGUUGAACAGCAAGAGAAAAAUGGUUACGUCUUUUUAGACCAGUUUAAAUCGUUUGCACAAUCGCUGUAUAAAGGUGAGAAAAAAUUUGCUGCAACUCAAGCAUGGAGAGUCAAAUUCUUAAGAAGAAACCAUACUGCUUUGAAAAAUGUGAAGUUCCAGUCAAGUUUUAGAAAUCAGUACUCCUUACAAGAGAAAAAGGCAAUUGUAAUGGAAGCCAAAAAGUAUGGUGCAGCUCAUGUGGCUAAAACCACAGGAAUUGAGCAUUGCUUAAUUAAUGCCUGGAGACAAAAGCUAGAGAGAAUGGGUGUUAUUCCAUCAGAAGGUCCAAGUCCAGUUCAGAGUCCAAGUACUUCUAGUGAGAGACCAAAUUUUGCAUCAAAACUGAAGCAGAUAAAAGACACUGUCGGACCGGGAUUGUACAGUUACAGAGGUAUUGUCCCAGCUUUUGAGAAGAAGAUUGUAAUAAUGAUAAUGAACAAGAUGGAUGAAGAGGGAAGUGUGUCAUAUCAGGAUGUUAGUAACUUCUCUCGAGCAGUGUACAAGGAAACACGACCACACUUCAAGGCAAGUUACAACUGGAUUAAAGAUUUUAUCAAGAGACAUAAGAAGGAGUUGAGGCAUGCUGAGUUUGAGCAUUCAAAAAGGAUUACACAUGACGAUCCAGACAUGGAAGUUAUUAUACCAGAGGAUCACAUUGGUAAUGUUGAGCAGUAUCUUGAUGCUGAAGAAGCUGCUGGCACCUUUGGAACAGAUCAGAGUAAUUUGGAUGUAAAGGAAGAUUCAGUUGCAUCAUGGGAAACACAGUCAGAGAUGGAUAUUGUUAUUGAUAAUCCUGAAGAUCCUAAUUAUGAAUCACAGUACAAAAAACAAUCAAUAAAUGUUGCUAAAACACCAUCAGAAGAUGUAGACAUAGGAAAGAUUGUGGCAAAAAGGCCUAUUAUAAUUGGUAAAGCAGUUCAUUUUAAUCGUAAAACUGAAAAGUUGAUUGUUGAAUGGUUGAUGGAAACUCAAAAUAGAGAAGGUUUUGUGUUCACUGAUGACUUUAGAAGAUAUGCUAGAUCUUUGUAUACUGGGCCUCCAGAGAAAUUUGGUGCUACAAAUGCUUGGAUUGCUAAGUUUUUAAGGAGAAAUAGACUAGAGGGUAAAAUAGAAUUUCAGUCUAAGUUGAAGGGCAAUAAUGUAAAAUUUGAAACAAAAAUAUGUGAACUUAUUCAAGAACAACAACAAAAGGAAGGAAGUGUUUCACAUGAAGACAUUCAAAAGAUUACACAGUCUGUUUAUAAAGAAACAAGACCAAAUUUCAGGGCAUGUUAUGGAUGGAUAAAAGAUUUCUUGAAAAGAAAUCAAGAAAAGCUUGUGGGUGUCGAUCUUGAAAAUGUGAAGAAGGUUUACAUUCCUGAUGAUGAUGAAAAAGAUGGUGUUCUCAUUCAGAAUUAUGAUCCAUCAAAGAGUCUACCUUAUUUGGAUACAUCAUCAUCAAGCUUAGCUGGCCAUGCAGAUGAAAGAAGUAAUUUAAGUUUUUCUGAUGGUCAAAGCCAUGAUAGCUCCUGGUAUGACCUAGAAAGUUCAGUAGAUCUUGAUAUCUCCAGUUCACAUAUAAACCAAUCACCAAGAAGUGUUCUAGAUAAAUUAGCCAGUCAAAAACGACCAGUAAUUAUUGGACCACCAAGAGGAAUGGACAGUAAAACGGAAAAGAAACUUGUGCAUUGGAUGCAGGAACAACAAGAAAAAGAUGGUUGUGUUUAUUUAGAUCUCUUCAAACAAUAUGCCAAAUCCAUCCACUCUGGACCUAAAAAAUUUGCAGCUACUCAAGCAUGGAUGACCAAAUUUAAACAACGUAAUCAUGAUGCAUUGAAAAAUGUUGUAAUAAAGUCAAGGUUUAGAAAUGAGUACUCAGUGGAAGAGAAAUUGAAAAUUGUAGAGCAGGCAAAGAGACUAGGCUGUAACCAUGUAGGAAGGCAGCUUGGUAUUAAUGGAGGUGUAAUUUACAGCUGGAAAGUGCAGUUAGAACAGAUUGAUAAACUAGGCGGUGCAGAUGGUGCAGGGUUAAAUGACUUUGAUUCAUCCGAAUCUAGUGCAAGAGGUGUUGUUCCAGAGUUUGAAAACAGUAUUGUUAGAAUGGUUCUUGAAACUCAAAGAGCAAAAGGAAGCGUUACUUAUGAAGAUGUGAGUGUAUGUGCAAGGUCUGUUUAUAAGGAAACAAGGCCAAACUUUAAGGCUAGUAACAAUUGGGUUAUGGACUUUAUUCGAAAAAAUAAGGAAGACUUUAAAGAAGUGAAUUUUGAAAACCAAAGAAAGUUUCAUUCAGAAGAGGAAAAAUUGCAUAUUUUAUCAGAAGAAAAAAAAUAUGGAACAGAACAUGUAGUGAAGAAAAGGAAUAUCUCAGCAAGUACUCUUUAUCAUUGGAAGAGGAACAUGCAAGCAAAAGCCAUUCCAAUACCAAAGUAUAAAGCAAUUGUAAGUUCAAAGAUAAAAAAGAAGUAUGCAAGAGGCAAAAAUAUAAAGACGUAUUCUCUGGAAGAGAAAAGAAAUAUGGUUUCUGUAGCAGAAGCAAAUGGUGUGACAUAUGCUGCUCUUAAACUUGGCAUAAGCAGAACCAUGUUAGGUAAGUGGAUCCGGUACUUCAGGGACCAGGGCGAAAAUAUUGUAAUUAAUUUCACCCAUUCAUCAACCAUGAAAAAAGAGCUGGUUCAGAAAGUGGUAGCAUGGGUGUUGGAGGAAAAUGACAAAUUGGGUAUUGUUUUGACAAGCAGAAUAAUUGAAUAUGCCAAAAAGGUGUUUGAAGAGGCAUACACUGGGUAUAAUGCUACGCAGAACUGGUUGGAAGGUUUUCUUGCUCAGCAUUCAGAGAAAUUUGAGAAAGUGAGGUUUAGAGAUGCAGGUGAUAGAGACAUGGACUUUUCUGAUGAAAUUAAAUUGAAAUUAUCUAGAUUUGCAGAGAAACAUGGUGCAAUUGAAACAGCAGAACUGACUGGAUUACAACCAAAGAUUAUCUAUCACUGGAGAAGGAACAUGAAAUUGAAAGGACAUGCUUUAGCUGUUGAUACACCAAAUAUAAGUGAAGCUGCAGCUAAAAUUAAAGUAGAAAAUUCUGAUACUUCAACAGAGCCAAAGAGUCUCAUGCAACAAAAACUUGAUAGAACUGCUGCAAAGUACAACAUUAAUGAAAGGAAGGCUGUUGUUUCAGAGGCAAGUGUUAAUGGCGUGUCGGCUACUGCCUCUAAACACAAGUUACCACUGCCACUUAUGCUGAAAUGGAUGAAAAUGUACUUAGAUGGGGAUGAUACUGGAAGUGGAUCGGUUUCUAGAUCAGCCAGUGUUUCCAGUGAAGAGAAAAUUCAAGACCGUACUUCUCAAGAUAAAUUGAAAGUGAGACUGCCGAGCAUAGAGAAAGCAUGUAAAUCAUCUGAAAUGUCCAAAAAGUAUUCCAAAGAGUAUAAGAAAAGAAUAGUAGAGGAAGCAAGGAGGGUUGGUGUUAAGCAGGUGUGUGACAGGGAAGGCCUUGGUAAUUCAACAGUUUACUACUGGAUGAAAGAUGAGAGAGAGCAUAGUGUAGACAGUUCUAGAGAUUCAAUGGAAAAAUCUAAUUCAAGUGCUCGAUCAAGUUUAGACAAGGAACCAUCUACUCCUGUUCUUUUAAAAGAUAUUAAAAAGGAACCUGGUUUACUAGACACAUCAAAUUCCAGUGGUACAGAUAGUCCUUCAAGAUAUUCAUAUGUGCAACAGCAAGUUAAAGUAGUUAGAAAAUACACAGAGCAACAGAAACUUGAAGCAGCUCAGAGAGCAUAUGAAAUUGGACACAAACAAGCUUCUAUUGAAUUAGAUAUUCCACUCACUAAUGUCAAAAGAUGGUUUGAUUUCUAUAAGAAUAGAGUUAUUGGACGGACAAAGUCAACUACUGGUACACUAAAAGAAGACAAAAGUGGCUCUUCAGGAGCUGGUGGAAUGGAUAUUAGAAAAAGAAAAUUAUCGGAGACUAAAACAUCACCAAGUACCUCAUACAAAAGGUAUAAAUAUACUGAUGAAGAUAGAAUUGCAUUUGUUAAAGAAACUGAAAUUAUUGGUACAACAGCUGUGGCUGCAAAAGCUGGUGUGUCGAUGGACCUUGUUUAUAGAUGGAGGUCAAAGUUUCUAAGAGGAAUAAGAGCAGAAAGAGAAGCAGCUGAAAGUGCAAAUGAUUCUAAUGCUAAUGACGAUGCUGACAGCAAACCUAACUCUCCACAAAUGCCAGCUCCUAGAAAUACGGCUUUUGACAUCGCAUCAAAACAAGGCAUGACCAUUGUGGACAAAGGAAAGUCAAAAAAUGAUUCACAGUUUGAAUACCUUGGAUUAUCACUUAACAAAAAUGUAACUGAGAAUUCAGCAGAAUCCAGUGAUAGUCAUCAAGAAAUUGACAAUGAGGAGGCAUGUAGUGAUAAACAGUUCAAUGAGAUAGACUUUGAAACUUAUGAUUCAGUGAAUAGUGGUCAUGAUUUUAGUGGUGAUGCUUAUCAUGGACAUUCAACUGAAUUGAUUGAAGUAAGUGAUGACAGCCCACCAGAUGUGCAUACAAUUGAUGAUAUAGAUAUAAUUGCUGCAGAUCAGAUAAUGGAAAUGACUUCUAGAUAUAUGGAGGCAGAAAAAGAGCAUGAACUUAAUCCAUUUGGAUUGGAAAAAGAGACAAGAGAAGAAAAGGAAGAUCUUAGUAAUGACAAAAAUUCUCCUCCAGAUGUAUUGGAAGAUGAAGCGGAAAUAGAAAAAGACAUUUUAAGUGAACCAGAUAAAACUCAAAAUGAAAAAGAAGGAAAAAGUUCAAUUACAGACACAGAAAAAGAAGGCAAUUCAAGCGAGGCAGAUGUAGGAAUGUUUAAGAUAGUUGACAUUAAAAGUGAAGCUUCCAACAACAAAAUAUGAGGUUAAACUGAGAAGAUAAUAGGUCUCUAUGAAAGCAUGCAUUGGACUUUAUUUUUGGCUGAUUAUUGUAACAAAAUGAUUACUGAAACAAUUAAUCGUAUAUUGAAGGAAUAGAAUGUUAGUAUGUGAUACUGUAACAUUUCCUACAGCAUCGUAGCUUAUGAUUUUUUUUGUAAAACAUGAUAGACCCUCUAAUACAUAUUUUAGGUUAUACCUAGAUUUUUUAGACAGAAAGAAAUUGUCUUAUUCACUUUUUAAUAUUAACUGGAAUGGUUUCGUUUGUCAGGAGACGUAAAUAAUCAGAGUAAUAUGG